UUCUAUGCAGAAUGGCAAAAGUCUGCGUGGCAUGAACGCACCCUUUGGCUUCAACAAGUUAACUGCUGCCAGAGACAGGAAGUCUUGCUUCUGCUUCAGACUUCCUGGUUCUUGUUUGAGAAGGGUGCAUACACAGGAGGAAGAGGCCGUACUUGGUUCGAGAGAAUGUGAUAUUCUCCUUAUGUGUAAAAGAAGAACAUAUAGUCGAACAGAUCUGUAUUAAAACCGCAAAUAUAUUGAUAUUUGAAAAGGAAGCGUGCGUCGGUAUCAGAAAAAGGGUGGUGGUCGAGAAAGGGUGUGCGACGUUGAAAUUUUGUUCCACACAGCAGUGCAGUUUGGGUGUUGAUACAACAAAACAUAUUGCGGGGCAGCUCUUUGCAGAACAGCGUCAUCCAUACACAGUAAAACAGUGUGACAAUGGACCACGCAUCCUAGAAUGCGCAGCCCGGCUCACCGGUGCAGGGAUAUCGAGAGGCAAGCCGGCUACCUGCAGCCUGACCAGUGUGUGCCUCCCCCCCCUCGCGGCACGGCGGACGGCAUGUGGUUCAUCCAGGACGGCUGCGGCAUCGUCUGCGGUGUUAUCACCUGGCUGCUGGUCUUUUACGCAGAGUUCGUGGUGCUGUUCGUCAUGCUGGUGCCCUCCAAGAGCCUGGUGUACAGCAUAAUCAAUGGAGUCCUUUUCAAUGCGCUGGCCUUCCUCGCCUUAGCCUCCCACUUCAGGGCCAUGCUGACAGACCCGGGAGCAGUGCCAAAAGGGAAUGCCACUAAGGAGUUUAUUGAAAGUUUACAGCUGAAACCGGGCCAGGUGGUCUACAAGUGUCCCAAGUGCUGCAGCAUCAAGCCAGACCGAGCCCACCACUGCAGUGUUUGCAAGAGGUGUAUUCGGAAGAUGGACCACCACUGCCCCUGGGUCAAUAACUGUGUAGGGGAGGAAAACCAGAAGUACUUUGUGCUGUUUACAAUGUAUAUAGCGCUGAUAUCCUUGCAUUGCCUUGUGAUGGUAGUGUUUCAUUUCCUUUAUUGCUUCGAAGAAGACUGGACAAAGUGCAGUACCUUCUCACCUCCAGCAACAGUGAUCCUGCUCAUCCUGUUGUGUUUUGAGGGGCUCCUUUUCCUCAUUUUCACAUCUGUGAUGUUUGGGACCCAAAUCCAUUCAAUUUGUACCGAUGAAACAGGGAUAGAGCAGUUGAAAAGGGAAGAGAGAAGAUGGGCAAAAAAAACGAAAUGGAUGAACAUGAAAGCAGUGUUUGGCCAUCCCUUUUCUAUAGCAUGGCUUAGCCCUUUUGCGACGCCCGACCAUGGCAAAUCAGACCCCUAUCUAUAUGUUGUCUGAAAAACGCUGUGAGAAAGAGAGCAAGAGCCAGCAUUGCCAUUGUGUACAUCAGGGCAGCACCACUACCACUCACUACAUUUCAAAUUAUUGUAACCUUGACAUCGAACAAGUCUCAUUUUUUUUAUUAUUAUUAUUAUUAUUAAUUUACUGCAGUUGCAGGGGAAACUAAUUGUCUUCUUUAUCUGCGUUUUUGAAAUCUUGACAACUUUCUUUGUCUGGGGCUGUUGAUUUAUUAACUGAACUGCUUUCCUUCUGUUCACCACAAUGCCAACUCAAGCCUUUUUUUCUGUUUGAUUUCUGAUUCAUUUCUAUAACAAUGGGGAAAGAUUACUACUACUACGUAUUUUUAGGGCCCAAACUACCUAAUAUAUAUAUAUAUACACACACACACACACAGGUAUAUCAUGUAUAUAAUAAUUUUGUAUUCAAAAUAAAUUGCAAGCGACCUAUUGAAGAACUUCAUAAAUAAGUACCUAGUAAGUUGCUCCAUACUUAUUGUACCUUUAUGCAAUUUAUUUUAAGGUUUAUCUGUGUACCAAUAAUGUAUUUUAAAAAUCUUUCUUUUCAGGUUUUUUUUUUUACGUUAUAAUUAUUUUAAGACAGUUAAGAUUUGUGGUUUCAUGGUUUUAUCAACAGACAACAGAGGCCUGCUUAAUACACAUAUCUAUUCUGUCUGCCUAUACAGUACAAACUUUGUUGCUACACCUGUUUAAAUAAAUGGGUUUUAAAAUACAGGUUUCGUUUAAAAAUCUUGGGUUAAUUGUAUAGUCACUUGGAAUACAGCAUGGUGGUCGUAAUGGGCAGUUUAUCCACUACUUCGUGUCUGCUUCCCUUUUCCCCUUUUGUUAGUCGGUGGCUUGCAGUCCAAGACUACAGUGUGAUGUAACAGGACCUCCAGAUGUUAAAUUGUUGAUCGUCUGGUGUGUAGCUCCCUUUGCUAGCUCAAUUAACAAGCUGCAAAAAGACAAGGUUCUGUGAGACGGGAAUUGCGCCUAAAAGCAACGAGCAAAUAGAAAUAUUUAAUGUGGUUGUUUCACCCUUAAUGGAACUACCAUAAGGUAUAUUAACGGAAAUGCACUUGUCUAUUGAAGGUGAAACAACUUCCCAUCUUUUAGAUAUCUGUGCUUUUCAAAUGCUUGUCUAUUCGUCAUCUUCAUGUGUAGAAAAGUAGUUCCAGUCCCUUAUAAUCAUCAUCGUUAAGAUCUAUAAUGGCCUGUAUAUAAAACUAAUGCAAAUUAAUAAAUAACUAGUUUGUUUCUUAUUUCUCCUGCACAGCUUGUUUGCAGUCUCUGACGCUAAUGCUGUCUACCUUAAUAACAAGACGCUCUAUUGCAACCUGCGCUACAGAAUAUUGUGCUUUUCUUUUGUCUCUUUAAAAUAAAGCUGUUUGGUGGAUAUGUACAUGUUACUUUCUAAACGUCUGCACUGACCUGCACGGACAUCUUUUACUUGGUUCAAAGCAGUACCUGGUGUUUAGAAAGUGUGCUUGAAGCAGUUUCCCAGUAGACUUAAGAAGACUCCGUGCCCUGGAUAUUACUAUAAAACUGUAACAUAGAAGUGUCCACCAAAUACAGUUUUAUUAAAAGGUAAAUAGUUUCAAAUGUCAUUUCUAUAUUUUUGUAUUUGUAUUAUUACUAUUGUUUGUUUGCAGUUGUUGUUCUGGGUUUGGUUGCUGCGAUGUUGAGUUCUCACCCUUUUUUGUUCAAUCUUACUUGACUUUGAGCAUGUCUAGAGAUUCCAAGAUGCCAGGACCCUCUUCAUACAAUUCAAAUCAUGUAAAAAUGGUCCAUUUGGCCUUGCCUACGUACAGUAGUGGGAGAGAGAGUAGAUGGGGCUGACGGAGUCACUGGCCGGGUUUCCCUACAGCUAAGAAAGUCGUCACUCUCUCUCCACAGUCAUUAUUAAUGAGACUUGUAGUGUACGGGCUACUUGAUUCUUAUUUGCGAAACCAUCAUGUCUAUGUGGGAAUGCAAAAAGGUUUUCCUCUAAUAUGAACUACAAAAUAACCAACUAGCAUGUUGAAGUGGAGUCAAUAUGAAUUUAAAUUCAACCACAGUGCAGUGUUGUAUAUUUCAAAAUGUCAAGGUUGUUGAGCAAAAUAAUUUGAGAGAGCACUAAGGAGACUGCCCUAGGAAACACUCUUAACUGUGUAAAGUACAUUGAAACCUAUUUAAUUGAUGUAUAUGGUGGCAAAUCUAAAUAUUAAAUCAUUGGAAAAGUAGGUUCUGUGUUUCACGUUUGCAACUAAAGACAAGCAAGUUGGAAAAUGACAACAGCUUAAUAUGGUCUUUAGUUAAUAUGUUUCUAAAUAUUGAAAUACUUACCUGAACAACAGCAAAUGCUAAAUUGCGGAAUAUUUCAGUUUUUAUGUAAACAUUUUUAAAGACAUUCUAUUUAUCAAACAGUAAAAACCAUAAAUAGAAAUAACAACAGACACGUGAAAUGUUAUCUUCCUGUACUUGAUAGAGCCAUCUUUAACAAAAACACCUUUCCAAUCUUUGAUGCAGCUGAUGUCUUUUUCGUUGAAGACAUUUUAAAGAAAUCGUGCCGCUAUAGGCAGUGUGUUUAACCAUCUACCCAAAACAAACUAAAGUGGCUGCCAGGUUCCUAAAUGUGACAUGUAGCGUGUCAGUAAAGCAAACACUUGCUGUAUCGAUUUUUAAGUGCCAACAUUUUUUUAUAUUUAAUCUAUUCUAUCAGAAAUAGGAAUUUUCACAGUGAACUACAUAUUACACAGCAAUGGGUACAUUUCACAGAAAAAUAAGCCUUCUUCAUGAGGUUUGCUCCUGCAUCUGUUAACUUUUAAUACAUUUUUAAAAUCCCAGGACAGAAAUGGGUGGUUUAAAAUGUGAUUAGAUUCAGUUCUGUCCAGGAGGUUUUAAGUACUUAUACUCUGUGGAGAUUUUUAAACAAAGGAAAAUUAUGAGUUUAUUAGGUGUAGACCUCUUGUUAAGCAUUAAGACUGUAGUUCACGUAACCUCUGCUACACCAUUCAUUCUCUGCUACCAGUCAAGUUUGGCUACAUGACAUUUAACACCACAGUAACAAAUAUGAACUUAAAAGUAGCCUACAUGUUUUUCAGAUUCCCAAAAAGUAUUUUUUUUAAGUUUGCAUCUUUAGUAAACAAAAAAAUUAAUUAAUUUGUUCUUGAUAAUGCUGUUUCCAGCAACAAAGUAAAAGAUUCACUGUUGGUAAUAACGUUAUCGAGAACAAACUGAUUUCUGUUCUUGAGCCACUCGUCAAAAUUAACUGAUAAAGUUAAUUUGCUGUUACAGGGUUACUGAAACAGGCCUGUUGCUGUUCAAUAUUUCUUCCCUCCUGUUGCCAACAAGUCACCUUUGAAGAACAAAUGUCUGACAAACUAACAUGUCUUCCUGCUUCAAUGCUCCUAAAAUAAUGGAUUUUGCAUUCGUACUAAUGCGCAAAAUGAUAGUAACCCACACACCUAACAUUGCUUAUACCUUGUAGUCUAGCCAACUACCCCUCUACAAUACCUAUCUCAAUUACUUCUCAAUCAAGAAGCAACCAAUUUUGACCUAUCAACAAUUAGGAGACCUACCUAAAAUACAAAAAAAUUACAUUUCAUCAGUAAAAAUGAUGUAGCAUAAAAACAAAUGAAAUGUCACAUUAAAAAUCUCUUGGGGACAUACAUUUGUAAAACCCCUUAAUCUGGGAGGAUAUAUUAGUUAGACCUCCUGUCUUGCGUAUUGAAAUCCGAGGCGCCAGGGGUUUUACCCAUAUAGUGUAUAGAACUACAUUCUACCCAUCCUUAGGCAAUUUUGAGAAGUUUUUCAGAUGGGCGUAGUCAAUGAAGAGGUCGACAGGUAAUAGGAUGUGAGCUGGAAACACUUUUAAAUAGUACAUAGAGGUCAAAGGCUUGUGUUGACCGUCGGGGAAACCCACAGUUAGGAAACAAUUAAAAUGAUAGCUUUAAAAUAUGCAGCCUUAUCGAACAAAUUGUGUCAUAGCGUCAUUUCUUUUUGUGGGGGUUGUUUUGUUUAUUCCUAUUCACAAAACUUUAACAAUUUUUUUCAUAGGUUACUCGAAGGUUGUCCUUUAAAAAUUAAAAUAAACACUCAAAAAAACUCUCUUAAACAUUAGUUUGAACUGCCAACUUAAUUAAUCAAAAUGGGCUUAAAAAAACAAGAAAUUCAUUAAAAUAGUCCUUAAAGUUUUGUAAAUAGGGACCAUAGCUUGUUACAUAAAAAAAAACCUUAAACUCUGUUCUGUUACUCCACAUUGCUAAGGGUUUUCUUUACAUUCUGCUUGUCAUAAAUAUUUGAGGUGGUUUGAUUUAUCCCGUCGAGCAUGACCUGUAUGUAAACAUUUUUAGAUGCGGAGAGCAGACUUACCUAAAUCAUUUAUUAACAAAUUCACUGGUUCUUGUAGUCACUGAAAAAUGUAUAAAAGGUGCUGUUUUUGGGCUGUAUUGUAAAACAUCAUUCUUGGUCAAUAUUUCAUGCAGGGGUCUUCAGUUGUUUUGAAUUGUUAUAGUAAAUCUUACUUAUAGUUGAAAAUCAUCAAGGGACCCAAUUGGGAAAACAAACAAACAAUACAUUGGCAUAUGCAUAAGCCUUUAAAAUCCAUGCAUGCAUUUUGUUGUCUUUUAAUGUGUAAUUUUGCCUAAACUUUUAAUAAAUCUGUUGAUUGUGACAGAAAUGUUUACAUGUGACAUCAGGGACUUUACAUGUACAAAUAUGUUUGCUGGUUUAUUAUUGUGCCACUUCAACAAACCAAGUUCUAAAGAUUGAUAUUUUCCAUUCAUCACCAUACAGUAAGUACAUAGAACUCAAGACUAUAGGACUGAUCUCAUAAUUUCUCAAUAUUUUCAUGAAAAAAAAUAAAACCUUGAAACCGCUUGCACGCAUACAGUAAUUCCGUUUUUUACCAAGGGAGUGGUUUGGUCGUGGGUCUUAUUUUUCUUUCUGUCUUGUAAAUAAAGUAUUCACAAUGUGCUUUUCUUUAAAGUGUUUAUCUGAAUGAUGUGUAUGUUCUUUCAACUACAUCCCCUUUGAAAAUAAAUGCAAUAAACAGUUUUUCCAAAGAA